UAUGAGAGAAAACAUACGAUUCUGUAUAUUAUAUACAUGUACUGAAUAGAGUCGAGCUGAUUUUGGCGGUAUAGACAACGCGGCCCUUGAUUUCAGUCAGUUGGAGGACUAUAUCAAUGACGAGGAGGACAACCAAAACACAAUCUAUUUUCAAGAAGCGUUGGUUAGCAGUGAUCUCAGACUCGAAGAAUCGACAAGAAGUGCAAUCAAAGUAGCGGCCAAUCCGGGAAUCGUUGGCCAACAGCAACCGCUGCCCGUCGGAGUAGUUGCCGGUCCGCCACAACUGCCCCAAUACCCGGGUCAGCCACCAGUGCCCGGACCCACACCCGCUCCCCGAACCACAACCACUACUGUCACACUUGCGGUCAAUAAUAGCGCCAAUAAGUCGCCCAAAUCUCAGGCCAGGAGUCAGCCGGCGCUGACACAAUCGCCGCUAACUCACGCCAAUCAACACCUGAACCGACAGCCGGUGACACUACACCCGGCGGUCAAUAAUAGCCCGAUCGGCGUAACGCAUAUCGGCUACAAAGGCCCGCAAACAGGCGCCGCGAGACAACCCGUCCGACACAGCGGUCCACCGCCUGUUCAACACACGAACGCCGGUCAACAGCAGCCGCGGCAUCACUUGCCAGACUCGCCGCCCGAUUCCGGCUCUGAGCCCCCAUUUUCGCCCCUAAAUGACGACAAAUUGGUUGUGAACGGCGUUAACGGCACACAAGUCGGCAAUCCGUCCGAUAUGAUGAUCGGUCAGGGAAUCGACGGCAUGAAGACAUUCAUCAAUUAUAAUCACAAUUCGCUGAAACAACUCAUCCCACAGAAUGAGAACUCAUUGUUGACGACAACACCGCCGCACCAUUCGCUAACUGUGAACCACUUCCAGCCUCAGCAGCCAAUGCCAGGACUGCCACCCAUGCACUCACACCCGGUGACACUCAUACCGCAAGAGGUGCCGCCCAUCAACCAAAUGGUUCCCAUACCGGGACCGCUGGGCAUUCAGGCGACGCCCGUACCGACCGGAAUGGUCUCGCCGGCCACCGGACACCUGACCACACUAUACGGCACUAACGAAGACUACUUGGCCGCGUGUGAGUGCAUCAGUUCACCCGAACAACAGCCGCCACCACAACAACAACAACACAGUAACCACAACACCAACAGUCAGUCCAACGGCGGUCCCAAUAACAAGAAGCGCAAGAUAUCGGGCAAACAAAACACAUCCAACGCUAAUAUGAUGAACGGCGGUGUCGUCCACAUCAAGCAGGAACCGGACGGACUGUCACCCGAACCCAACCACUCGUCCGGCUCAGCCCUCGGCGUCAACAACAGCCUCCACACCACGACAUCGAUGAUAGUUCCCGGCGAUGAAGAGUACUUCGAGUACGGACCCGACGGACAGCUGUAUCUCGAUUCGGUCUAUCAGUGCAUUCGGUUUCAGGUCUUUCAAAACAAUCCGUUUACAACUCUAUGCGACUCUUCGUAUAAGGAAUUACCUCCGCCCAACUAUAGGGUCGACGCCGACAAAGGCUUUAACUUUAGUAACGCUGACGACGCGUUCGUCUGCCAGAAGAAGAACCACUUCCAGGUGACGGUUCACAUACAGCCCAUAGGACUGCCGGCCUUCGCGAAGACACCCGAAGGUGUGCUCAAGAAGAUCGACAACUUUUACCUACAUUUCUAUGGCGUCAAAGUGGAGUCACCGGCGCAGACCAUCAAAGUUGAACAAAGCCAAAGCGACCGAAGCAAGAAGGCCUUCCAUCCCGUCCUCGUGGAGUUAAUGCCGGAACAGGUGUCGAAGACAACUGUGGGUCGAUUGCAUUUCAGCGAAACCACGAGUAAUAAUAUGCGAAAGAAGGGUAAACCAAAUCCCGAUCAGAGAUACUUCUAUCUCGUGGUCGCACUUCACGCCCACGUCGGCGACCAAUCGCUGCAGAUUAUAGCCCACGCGUCGGAGCGUAUUAUUGUCAGGGCAUCUAACCCUGGUCAGUUUGAAAAUGACAUCGAGCUUUCGUGGCAAAAGGGUCACUCGCCUGAGUCCAUAUACCACGCGGGACGGGUUGGUGUGAACACCGAUCGGCCCGACGAGUCGCUUGUGGUCUACGGCAACAUCAAAGUGACCGGACAUAUCAUACAGCCGUCGGAUCAAAGGGCCAAAACCAAUAUCGAAGAGUUGGACACAAAGGAACAGCUGAAGAACGUGCAGAACAUGCGUAUCGUUCGCUAUCAGUUCCGGCCGGAGUUCGCCAAAGAGGUCGGUCUGAGCGGUGAUGAGAUGAACGAGACGGGAGUAUUGGCACAAGAGGUGCAACAGAUACUGCCCGACGCCGUGAAAGAGACGGGCGAUGUUGUGCUGCCCGACGGCGAGACCAUCGAGAACUUCCUUGUGGUGAACAAAGACCGCAUUUUCAUGGAAAACGUCGGCGCCGUUAAGGAGUUGUGCAAAGUUACCGACAAUCUCGAGACCAGAAUCGAUGAAUUGGAGAGAAUGAAUAAUAAACUCAAUAAAUUUAAUCGAUUUGAUUCAAUCAAAUCCGUUAUCUCCACCUCUAGUAUCGCCUCUGGAAGUACCGUAACGUGUAAUUCAAGUCUCGCAUCGAUCGCCACAUUAUAUGUACUCGAAUACCAUAGAAGACAUUCACAUCACCCGACACUUCAAGACACACAACAAUCGCCUACAUAUUCAAAUUCAAACACACAUUCAUCGCCUGUAAAUACACACAACAGUCCGUUCACACUAUUGCCGCACUCCGUGUCCACACCCGGUGUCACAUUUCCUGACCCGCAGUCAAUCAUGCAGUCGACAGACAAACGAUACAAUCCUAAUAGGGAUAAGACCCACCCGUCGUCGUACACGACUGCGUCGACCAUCACUCGAGGCCGGCCGACAUCCAUACCAAUACUCAAACCGCAAGUGUUGGGCAUUCCGUACAGUUGUCUGGACAUGAAUACAGUCAUAUCUUCGUGUCCAACGCAUUGCUGUAGCGAUAGUGGACUCCUGGGCCGCCGGAGCACCACUUCGUCCACUCAGUCCUCACAGUCAGGGGCGGCGUCUGUGGUGGCGGUGGUGUCGCCCGCGGCCACCAAAUUGACGCCCAUUUCCACCAAUAAUAUCAUGACUCAGAAGAGUUCCGACUCAAAGGCCAGUACUCUGGGCGGCGGUUCCGGCGCUCACGAUAUGGACGACCCGUACUCUAAGACCAGUUACAUAGAGGAAACGGCCAGCGGUGACCUCAACCACGCGAAUACACUGACCCGACGGGUGGUGUCGGACACCGAACCGACCGGUAUUUAUAACUCGACAUUAAUCGGCAGUCUUUACGACAAACUGCUGAACAAUUCGCUGAUGAAUAACAACCGAAACACCGGAGAGACGAUCGGCGACCAGAAGAAGCGUACGGACGAGUCGUUCGCCUCGAAGUACGGCUCCGUUGACCUCCAGAGUCAGAACGAGUACCCGAAGAGUGAAGACAACGCGAACCGCGAGAAACGGGAGACGAGUGAAGGCCACCAAAAGGAGUCGGCGUUCAAUUCGUUGCCGCAAAAAGAUUUGUCAAAAUCUGUGGAUUUGAUUAAAUUGAUUGAAUUGAACGCCACUAUUGGUCGCCAGUAUUGCAAUACAUUGCAGUGCAUUCAGGGAUCGGGUCCUAAGUUUAAUUAUCUCAUACCACUCUCCAAAUACAUGGACCUCGAAUACGUCACACUUCAGUUCAGCCUGAAUCAGCACAUGAAGGUAGACCACUGUGAGUCCAAAUCCAAGCCCAGCAGCUGUUCCACAGCACAUGACGAUGAAGUGGUGCCGCAAUCCUAUCACAGAUCCACUGAUCAUAUAUUAGUACCAGAGAUGACACCCAAUUGGCGGAUACCUAUCGGUCUAUAUAUGAGAAACAUCACCAGCACUACAUCCACUCCGACCACAGCCUCGACAGCGCCACAACUGUCGCCGCCAAAGCAGUCUUCUUCGGCCAACACAUCCCAAACAAUGGCCGACAAUGAGAUCGAUCUGUACGCCGACGACUUGGGCGAAGAGUUCACACAGGAGAACGACUACAACGAGUCGGGCCUUGACUUAUACGACGAUGUGAUCACUCCGUCCGCUAAUAACAAGAGGGGCGCCGACGACGAGGACUACGGCCUCCCGCAGGACAACGGAAACUCCCAUCACAUGAAUAACAACGACGCCGGAGGCGAUGGUAUCGGUAUCGGCGGCUCCGGUGGACCGCCCUCUAAGAAGAUUGGCCUCUAUGUGGGCAACCUUUCCUGGUGGACAACAGAUCAGGACGUGACGGACGCUGUCCUCGAUUUGGGAAUUCAAGAUAUAUUUGAAGUGAAAUUCUUCGAGAAUCGGGCGAACGGCCAGUCGAAGGGCUUCUGUGUCAUAACACUCGGCUCCGACAGCUCUGUCCGCACUGUUAUCGAGAAAUUGCCCAAAAAUGAAAUCCACGGCCAGAACCCAAUGGUUACGCCCUGUAAUCGACAGAAUCUCAAUCACUUUGAGAUGCAGUCGCGAAAGACAGCGCCGGGCGGUCCGGGAGGCGGACCCCAACACUUGGGCGGACAGCAAAACUUUCCCAACCAAAGAGGAGGAGGAGGAGGAGGUCCGCCGCCGCCAAUGGGUGGCAAUCGGCCGCCACUUAUUCAACGCCCGAUUCGACCCAACGGUCCGCUAAUACCGGGUCAGCCGCGUAUGGGAGGAAUGCCUAACCAUCCCAUGCCGUUCGGUGGCGGACCCGGUGGACAGUGGGGUCCCGGUAUGGGACCGAACCCACCGCCACGUCCGCCGGCACCCAUGCAUCCGGGGGCGCCUCCAGGGAUGGGCGGAAUGCCAUUAAUGCGUUUACCACCGCAGGCGCCGCGCGGACCCCUUCCCAAUCAGCCGCUACUGCGCGGCCCGAGUACUCAAAACGACCCGCGAUCACAAAUGCCACACUCAGGCCCUCCUAUGCCCGACUGGGCCGACCCGCAGGGACCGCACCCGCACGGCCCGCCCGGACCUCACAAUAUGCUACUCCCACCUCCCGGGCAGUCGCAGCCCAACCAAUCCAUGCCUCCCAGAGUUCAACAAAACGACUUCUCAGGUCCGGUGCCGGGAAUGCCACCGCCCGGUCCCCACUCAGGGCCGGCACCGCACGUGAAUCCGGCCUUCUUUCAGGCACAACAUCACGCGUCGAUGGCUCCACAACAGCAACAGACCGAUCAGUUUGGCAAUCGUAUGCCUCCCGGAGCCGUGCAGUUCGGUCACGGAGACUACCGCAGCGGACCCGUGGCCAACAUGGAUGUGCCCAUCACUCUCCAGAUCAGUGAAGGCGAGUUCGACGACAUCAUGAAUAAGAACAGAACCGUUUCGAGCUCUGCCAUCGCGAGGGCCGUAACCGACGCUUCUUCUGGUGACUUCGCGGCUGCGAUCGAGACUCUGGUGACCGCUAUAUCGCUGAUAAAGCAGUCAAAGGUGGCGAACGACGAGCGCUGCAAAAUCCUUAUCAGUUCACUACAGGACACACUUCACGGCAUCGAAACCAAGUCUUACAGCAACUCUUCGUCGCGCAAAGAGAGGCCGCGAUCUCGUGAGCGGUCGAGAGAGCGUACGUCCAGACGGGAGAAGUCCCGACGCGAGCGCUCCCGCAGUCGAGAGCGAGACUAUAGGGACAGAAGUCGAGACCGAUAUCACGACACCGACCGUCACUACGACGGCGAACGCUAUCGAGAGAAAGAGAGGGAACGCGAGAGAGAACACAGAAGUAGUCGUCACUGAAGACAUUCGCUCCCGAAGAAGACAAUCGGUGUCCGACUCUGUCUUUGAUUUUCACAUUUAAAUCCCUUUUUCUAAGAAUUGAAUUAAAAAUGAUAUGUUUUUUCUUUCUUUAUGUCAUUUAAAAUCAAUUUGUUUGAUAUAUAAUCUCUUUAUAAACACAUAAAUAAUGUAUAAUUUAUUCAUUAAUUAAUUAUUUGACGAUUUUUUUCUAUUUCUUAAUUACCGUAA